AUGCCUUCUCCAAAUACCACUGCUCUCAUCCUGCAAAAAAUGUCCACAACUGACAUUGUGUUUCCCUUGCAUGAGUUCGAUGACUCCACUAUCAAUCGGUAUAUGCAACACUGGACCCUGCGCUUCGAUGCAAUCCUAGACACAGAGAAGCUGUGCACAGCUCUCACGCAUCUUCUCAGCCUAGGUGAUUGGAGAAAGUUAGGCGGCCGCUUGGAGUUCAAUAAAGUCGGCAAGCUUGAGAUCCAUGCCCCAAGAACAUAUAGUCACAAACGCCCAGCGUUUCAAUUUUCAGAGGAGACUUUCUCGGUAAAAACGACGGACCAUCCUAUUGCAAAGCACCUUCCGAGGGCAAAAGGCAAGCCAGAAUUGUUUUCUGGUAUCACUUCGCAAUUCAACCCGUUAACACUUGGUCCUGAUUGGGCGCUUGACUUUACUGAACACAUUCGUCGUCAAGAGCCCAUUAUUGGUGUUCACAUAGCUCUCUUCAGCGAUGUAACACUGAUCAGUAUCCGCUGGGUUCAUGUGGUGUGCGAUUUCAUGGGAAUCAAAGCAUUGGUGCUGGCGUGGUCCACGAGUCUUCACGGACGGUACGACGAUAUCCCGCCUUUCAUGGGUGCAUACGACGACCCUCUCAAGAACAUUGGAUCCGUGCCUCUUAAGGAACCUUACGCACUGGCUGAUAUGCAGCUGAGCCCUCAGGCUUUCGAAAAGACAUACGAAACCUACCUGGAGCACGUUGCAAAAUACCCAACAUCGGUGCGACGCAUGCUCGUGCUGCCAGAUAAUACUCUACAGAGGAUCAAGAUGGACUUUAUCGGAGGCCACGGGUCGGACAAACUCGAAGUCAUUCCAAAGGGAGCCCUCUUUAACGGACAAUUUGUUAGCGAUGCCGAUAUUUUGGCUGCAUGGGCAGCGCGUCUCUGCUGCGGUGUCCUUCCUGUAUCGGAUCGACCGGUUCAUGUGAUGGGCAUGUAUGAGGCGAGACAUUGCUUACCAGAAACGUUCCCUCAACGCAAGGACAAGCCAGAUUCAAGCCCCGUCUUCAUCGCCAAUGCAACGUUCUCGACCUCGACCAAUACCACGCUUCAAGCGCUUCGGCAACAGCCACUGGCGAGAACAGCCCUCUUGGUGAGAGAGUCCGUGGCGACGCUGACCAAGGCCCCUCAAGUCCACGCUCAAUUGCAUCUCCUGAGGGAGACAUACGCGAAAGACAAGGAGAACCCACCCGUAUUUGCCGCCCAAGACGCCUUCAUCCUGGUCGUGUCCAAUUUCAGUAAAAUGGGCUUUUUCGACUCAAUCGACUUCUCCCCCGCUGUCAUUACCCCCGCUGCAGUCGGUCAUGGCAAGUCUCCAGGCAAGAUUGCAUGGCACCAGUGGACGUCACUGGAGCACAAUACGCACAUUCGCAACAUGUUCCAAGUGGGUGGCAAAGAUGGCCAGGGCAAUACGUGGAUGAUGGCAAUCUUGCCGCCCGAGACCUGGACCGUGGUGGAGGAGCAUUUAGCCGACCUCUCGGAUGCAGAACCUAAGACGGCAAGCAAGUUGUAG